AUGAAAGAUGAAAGUGUUGAUGGAUGUGUUAAUUCAUUCAAACAACGACAACAUUUUUCGAGGCGCGUAAAGGAUGUUAAACCAAGCGUUUGGGUUGAAUUUACAAGUUUAGCUGUAGAAUGUAAAGCAGUCAAUAUUGGACAGGGUUUUCCGGACACUCCUAUGCCAAGAUUUGUAGCUGGAAUGUUAGAAAGUGUUGCCAGACAUCCGGAAAGAACUGAUUGGCAUCAGUAUAGUCGAGGUUUCGGUUAUCCAAGACUAACGAAUGCUCUAUCAAGACUUUACUCAAGCACACUGGGUGUAAAUGUUGAUGCACAGCAAAAUGUUUUAGUAACCGUUGGGGCAUAUCUUUCACUAUAUUACUCAUUCAUGGGUUGGCUAAAUGAUGGUGAUGAAGUAAUCGUGCUUGAUCCGGCAUUUGAUUGCUAUGUCCCACAAAUUCGUAUGGCAGGUGGUGUACCUGUACCAGUUUUGCUUAAUUUAUCAUCGGAACCUCGAAGUAGUAAAGAUUAUAUGUUAAAUGUGAAAGCGAUUGAAGAGAAAAUCAGCAAUCGGACGAAAAUGAUUGUCCUCAAUAAUCCACACAAUCCAACAGGAAAAUUAUUCACACAGGAAGAACUGGAAAAAAUAGCUAAUAUUGUUGUUCGCCAUAAUUUACUGGUAAUAGCUGAUGAAGUAUAUGAAUGGCAUGUAUAUGGUGAUAAGAAAAUGAUUCGCUUUGCUAGUUUACCGGAUAUGUAUAGUCGUACGAUAACUAUUGGUAGCGCUGGAAAAGCAUUUAGUGUAACAGGAUGGAAAUUGGGUUGGUCAAUUGCGCCAGCUGAACUUCUUGAACCAUUAAGACGGAUCCAUCAAAACUGUGUCUUUACAUGCCCUACACCAAUCCAGCAAGCGGUUGCUGAGGCAUUUGAGAAAGAAUUAGAUCUAAUGGAAAAUAACCCAACAGAAAGCUAUUUGAAAAAAGGAAUUACGUCUGAACUAAGUCAACAAAGAGAUCGAAUGGCAUCAAUACUACGCUCUGCUGGAAUGAAACCUAUUAUUCCUGAUUCUGGUUACUUCAUGGUUGCUGACUUUUCGCAGCUGGAUGGUCCAUUUAAAAUAGCAGAUAAAAACAAUGAUCCAUUGGAUUUCCGUUUUGUGCGAUGGAUGUGUCGUGAAAAGAAACUUGCAAUGAUACCAAAUUCUUCUUUUUACACUGGUUCAAAUAAGCAGGGCAACGAUAAUUUUAUUCGUGUUUGCUUCUUCAAGUCAGAUAAGGUAUUGGAUGCUGCAGAAUCAAUAUUGAAAUCAUUUCAAAUGACUUAA